AGGACAAUGGUGUCGUCGCUCUUAUUUAUUUUGAUGCCCACACGGGCACAUUUUCGUGAGAACCUGCUCUGUCCGUGAGGAUUUUUUCCCCGGACUGCUAUUAUUAUAUAUUUUUUAUUUAUAGUCGGGUGGAUUUUUCCCCUCUCCCCCUCUCCCGUUUUUCUUUCUCCCGUCGGUUUGUCUUUAAGAUAGCAGGCUAUUAAUUUUUAAUUCUUAUGCAUCCGCACGAAGACGUUGCCAGAGAGGAGAAAACGAGUGAUAACCAGAGGGGGAGAAAAGGAGAAGAAGGCAAGUGAGGAGAGAAUGAAUGAGACACUCUGAGCAAUCAAGGAGAAGGAGAUUGGAGGAAACAAGGAUCACCCUCAGGGAGGGUGUGAGCUGAGGAAGUGCCACCCUACUCACCUGUGCCUGCUAACCACCUCUAAGCUUCAGCACCACCCUGCCCCCCGCUCAGCCUCAAACAUGGCUCUUGGAACCUGGAUCUUCUUCACCUGUGCUGUGACUUUCGGCAACAUUGCUCCAUCCUCACAGGCUCUGAGCCGGUCAAUGAUGCCCUUCGGCUUGAUGCGUCGAGAGCUGGCGUGUGAAGGCUACCCGAUCGAGCUGCGCUGCCCUGGAAGUGAUGUCAUCAUGAUUGAGACGGCCAACUACGGCCGCACCGAUGACAAGAUCUGUGACGCAGACCCCUUUCAGAUGGAGAAUGUGCAGUGCUACCUUCCCGACGCCUUCAAGAUAAUGUCACAGAGGUGUAACAAUCGCACUCAGUGUGUGGUGGUAGCAGGGUCGGACGUGUUCCCGGACCCCUGCCCAGGGACCUACAAGUACUUGGAGAUCCAGUAUGAGUGUGUCCCCUACAAAGUGGAUCAAAAAGUAUUUGUGUGUCCGGGGACGCUGCUGAGGGUGCAGGUGCCCAGCUCUCAGCAGGAGGCCGAGCACCAGGCAGGGGCAUGGUGUAAGGAUCCGCUGCAGUCUGGGGACCGUCUGUACGUCAUGCCCUGGACCCCCUAUCGCACUGACAUGCUGUACGAAUACGCCUCCUGGGAAGACUUCAAACAGAACCGAGCCACCACCACCUACAAGCUGCCCAACAGAGUUGAUGGCACCGGCUUUGUUGUGUACGACGGUGCUGUGUUUUACAACAAAGAACGCACACGAAACAUAGUCAAGUAUGACCUACGUACACGCAUCAAGAGUGGUGAAGCCAUUGUCACGAACGCCAACUAUCAUGACACCUCGCCCUACCGCUGGGGAGGGAAGUCGGAUAUUGACUUGGCUGUGGAUGAGAAUGGCCUCUGGGUGAUUUACGCCACUGAAUCCAACAACGGACGGCUGGUGGUCAGCCAGGUGAACCCUUACACCUUGCGCUUUGAAGGCACCUGGGAGACCAGCUUUGACAAGAGGAUGGCGUCCAACGCCUUCAUGGCUUGUGGAGUGCUUUAUGCUGUGCGCUCAGUCUACCAGGACGAUGACAGUGAGGCAGGAGGCGACUUGGUGAUGUAUGCCUACAACACCAACCGUGCACGAGAGGAACCCGUUAACAUCGCCUUCCCCAACCCCUAUCAGUAUAUUUCCUCUGUGGACUACAAUCCUCGAGACAACCAGCUUUAUGUCUGGAACAAUUACAACGUCCUGCGCUACCCGCUGGAGUUUGGACCACCAGACCCCACCACUGGCCCUCUGACCACUACCCAAGUGACCACCACCCUUCCAGCCAGGCCUUUCACCUCCAGCGCCAGUCCCUCUACUGCCCGCCCUCUGGUCCCCACCUCACGUCCAAUUGGCUCCAUCAACAAGCAUCCUGAUCUUCGACCAAUCACAGCCACUGUGCCUGUGACCCGCCGACCACCCCGUCCUCCUCCAGGCCCAGAGCAACAUGUCUGCGAGGCCAAGCUGGUCCGUGGCGUCCCGUGGCCCACCACACAGCCAGGAGAAACAGUAGACCGGCCUUGUCCCAAAGGAUCUCUUGGCAUCGCUUCGUUCCAGUGCUUGGCGGAACAGGUCAUGUGGAACCCACGGGGUCCUGACCUGAGUAACUGCACCUCCCCGUGGGUCAACCAGGUGGCCCAGAAGAUAAAGAGUGGGGAGAACGCUGCCAGCAUAGCCGGUGAGCUCGUGACCCACACACGGGGUCGGAUCCAGGCUGGAGACGUUAGUUCCUCCGUCCGACUGAUCGAGCAGCUGCUGGAUAUACUGGACGCCCAGCUUCAGGCACUAAGGCCUGGAAACAAGGAGCCAGCCGGACGAAACUACAACAAGUUUCAGAAGCGAGAGCGGACCUGUCGGGCGUACAUCCAGGCGGUGGUGCAAACAGUCGACAACUUGCUCCGUCCUGAGAAUCUGGAGUCAUGGCAGGACAUGAACAGCACAGAGCAGGCUCACACUGCCACCAUGCUGCUGGACGUCCUGGAAAAAGGAGCUUUCCUUCUGGCCAACAACAUGUACGGGAAUCGCUUUUCUGACCGGGCCCCUAGCAUUGAUCUCGAGGUGCAUGUUGUAAACACAGAGAUGGAGCUGCAGGACUUGUCCUUCCCGCAGGAUUACGCCAGCGACAGCACCAUCCAGCUUUCAGCCUCCACCAUCAAACAGUACAGUCGCAACGGACAAGUCAAGGUGGUGUUCAUUCUGUAUAAAAAUUUGGGAUCCUUCUUAUCCACCGAGAACGCCACAGUGAAGAUGGAAGUGGACGGAUCAAACCAAGAUAAGAAGCGCUUGGCAGUCAACUCCCACGUAAUUGCUGCCUCCAUCAACAAAGAGUCCAGCAGAGUGUUUCUCACUCAGCCGGUGGUCUUCACACUCAAACACCUACAGUUGGACAACUAUUACACUCCGAAUUGCUCCUUCUGGAACUACUCUGAGCGCUCCAUGACAGGCCAGUGGUCGUCGCAGGGCUGCAGGCUGCUGGACACCAACGACACGCACACCACCUGCUCCUGCAGCCACCUCACCAACUUUGCCGUGCUCAUGGCUCACCACGAGCCCGAUGGGCGGAUGCACAAGCUGAUCCUUUUCGUGAUCACCUGGGUCGGGAUUGUCAUCUCCCUAGUGUGUCUAGCGAUCUGCAUCUCCACUUUCUGCUUCCUGCGAGGCCUGCAAACUGACCGCAACACCAUCCACAAGAACCUUUGCAUCAACCUCUUCAUUGCCGAGCUGCUCUUCCUCAUCGGCAUCGACAAGACCGAAAACCAUAUUGCCUGUCCCAUCUUUGCUGGCCUUCUGCAUUUCUUCUUCUUGGCUGCCUUCUCCUGGAUGUGUCUGGAGGGUGUGCAACUCUAUCUCAUGCUGGUGGAGGUCUUUGAGAGCGAGUACUCCCGCAAAAAGUACUACUAUCUGUGCGGCUACUGCUUCCCCGCACUGGUGGUGGGCAUCUCAGCAGCCAUAGACUACAGGAGCUAUGGGACCAAGAAAGCAUGCUGGCUGCGAGUGGAUAACUACUUCAUCUGGAGCUUCAUUGGACCCGUUUCAUUUGUUAUUAUGCUCAACCUCAUUUUCCUCAUGAUCACUUUACACAAAAUGAUCCGCAACUCUUCAGCACUGAAGCCUGACUCCAGCCGCCUGGAUAACAUCAAGUCAUGGGCUCUAGGUGCUGUUGUCCUGCUCUUCCUGCUUGGACUGACAUGGGCUUUUGGCCUCCUCUUUAUUAAUGAGAACACGGUAAUCAUGGCCUACCUCUUCACCACCUUCAACGCCUUCCAGGGCAUGUUCAUCUUCAUCUUCCACUGUGCCCUGCAGAAGAAGGUCCAUAAGGAGUACAGUAAAUGUCUGCGUCACUCCUAUUGCUGCAGUCGCACGUCCAACAACAGCUCCCACGGUUCCCUGAAGAACUCAGGCCUGCGUGCCAACAACCGCUACUACAGUGGCAGCCAAGCUCGCCAUGCAGCGGCCCACAGACAGAGUCGGAUCCGCAGGAUGUGGAACGACACGGUUCGGAAGCAGACGGAAUCUUCUUUCAUGGCGGGAGAUAUCAACAGCACCCCGACACUCAACCGCGCGACCAUGGGAAACCACCUCCUGACGAACCCGGUGUUGCAGACUCGCACCGGUACCUCUCCUUACAACACUCUGCUGGCUGAGAGCUUCACCCCGCCCUCACCUGGGGUUUUCAACUCGACCGGAACCUUCCGUGACCCAAAGAGUACAUUAUCUAAGGCCCGUGACCCCUGUGGAAUGGAAACCCUGCCCUUGAAUGGUAACUUCAACAACAGCUACUCCCUGCGCAGUGGCCCAGCAAGUGGAGGCGGGGGCAGCUGUGAUUUCCUCGGUGGCGGCGGCGGAGAGAGUCCCUCGCCCAUGUUCAAUCCCCGCAGCUCAGAGACGCUGGGAGGGGGAGGCAUCCGACGAAACCUCUCAGAUGCAGCAGCGUUUGAGAAAAUGAUCAUCUCUGAGCUUGUGCACAACAACCUGAGAGGUGGUGUUGGAGGAGGAGGUGGAGGUGAUGUAGGGGACAGAGUGUAUGGGAGCCUGGCCAGGGGACGUCCUCAUGGCGGGGUUGGUCGGGGGCCAACGGGGGCUGGGCCAGAGCCGUCUGUAAACAUGGAUGAAGAUGAGGACUUUCUGAGAGAGGGACGGCAGCGUACACCGCAGGAUGUAGAGCUGCUUUAUAAAGCUCUGGAGGAGCCCCUGCUGUUGCAGCGUGCUCAAUCAGUCCUCUACCAGAGCGAUCCAGAGGAGUCGGAGAGCUACACGGCCGACCUCACAGAGAGCCUGGGCCACAGCGGCCACAGUGGCCAGAGUGCUGGCGGGCAGGGAGGCAGAGUGCCAGACUCCCCUGCUCGUGACUCCCUGUACACCAGCAUCACCAACCUGCGAGACUCACCCUACCCUGACAGCAGUCCUGAGCCCCUGGAAGUGGUGCCUCGUUCAGCUCAGCCCCCUGAGGAGCUCUACUACAGCUCUGGGAGGCCCGCCUUGGGCUCUCGUGGGGCUCCCAUGCAGACCUUCCAUCAGGCCCCACCCCGGAGACCUAGUGGGGAGGGACACCAGGUUCAGGAGCCUGUCCACAAUGAGGGAGAUGGACAGAUGCAGCUGGUCACCAGCCUGUGACUGGAGCCUUUAGGAGGAAGUUGGGGACUAAUGUGAUGGCCAGAGCCUCCUCCUAGCUUGUCUCGUUCUCGCGUCUCUCCACUUUCUGCUUGUUUGGUUGCCUUUCUUUCUCUUGACGUUUAUUUAACUAACAUAUGAGUAAACAGAAUGACCUUCUCGGGGAGUCGUGGCUGACUCUGCAAAAGCAGCCUUUAUCUUCACCCCUCCCCUGUUUUAUGGAGAUGAGUGAUGGGUGUUUUUCCACAGAGUGUUCAUCGGCUCUGUCUAACCCCAGUCACCUCCAGUUCUUUUGGUACCCUAAGGCCAAGUCCAGCACUCUGAAUGUACCAAUCCACCCCCUUUACCUUUUGGACAUUUCAAAACUUUCGAACUUUGUUAAAGUUUUUUUAAUGUAAUUUCUCUUCAGACCUGCCUCCGGAGAUGGGAAUAUCAUUUUAUAUUUUAUCUCAUUUCCUUUUCUUACCAUCCAUAGGUCUUUUUCGAGUCAUCAUUUGAUAGGAGUAGUUAGCUGUGGAGACAGGGAAUAUAGUAGACUAUUAUAACCUAAAAAUGUCUCACAGAAAGCUCUUCAUUGUUGCCAAAAAUAUCUUUUAUUGAGCCAGAACAGAAACUAGAACAUUCACACGGCAAACAGACACACACACACACACACACACACACACACACACACAUACACACACACACACAUACACUCACUCAUCUAGAAGUGCUCAUUACUGAACAUCAAAAGUGAAAACAGUACUCCACCUAAGUAAAAGGGAGCACAAGCUUUUGUUCCAAGCAGGCAGUGGGAGCUGAAUCAGUGUAGUUGCCUUCAUUUUCUCUUGCUGUGAAUUGACGACUCUGUACAGAAGUGGAGUAGAGAUGGAGACAGAGACUGAGGAGGAGCUGCACCACCCCUCCAGAGAUGGAGAUACUGCACCCAUAAGACUGGCCGAUCCUCUCCACUGUUCUCUCUGGUUGUUUGCUUUAGGCAUUUGAAGAGUUAAAUGACUGCCUUGCUAUUGUUUUGAAGAGAGUAUUCAAUUUGUUGAUUGGGUCUACAUCCUCUAGGGGCUGAAAGUGUGGAUUGGUGUUGCCCCCCUCCCCCUUGUACUUUGCUGUUAGAGCCUAGCCAGUUGAAGUGGACUUGAUUCCUGCGUGUUUUUGUGACGAGAAAGACUGUGAACGUCGCAAACUCGCGGGCCGACCAAUUGGUGUAACCGUGUACAUAGGAACCACACGUGAAUCUACUUUAUUCCUACUAUGUAAAUAGAGACACCAGAUGAUCAAAAGCAACAAAAAGUAAUAAAUACUAUGAAAAUGACUUCUUGUACUGCAACAGACUUAUGACAGAAAAAAUAAAAUGUUUUGGAGUUUGUGACCUGAA